CACCACCACUCGUACGUCGCCGACGCCAUGCCGAAGCAUUACAGGCCCGCCGGAAAGAAAAAGGAAGGAAAUGCGGCGAAAUAUGUCACCCGAACUCAGGCUGUAAAAUACCUCCAAAUCAGCCUUCCAGUUUUCAGGAAACUAUGUAUCCUGAAAGGUGUGUUUCCUCGGGUACCGAAGAAGAAGGUGAAGGGAAAUCACCAUUCUUAUUAUCAUAUGAAAGAUAUCAUGUUCCUCAAACACGAGCCCUUGCUGGAGAAAUUGAGAGACAUACGAACUUAUGAUAAGAAGAUAAAGAAGGCCGUGUCAAAGAAGAAUAGGGACCUCGCCGAACGUUUGUUGACACGAAAGCCCUCUUACACACUUGACAUGCUUGUUAGAGAGAGGUAUCCGAAAUUCAUUGAUGCACUGAGGGAUCUUGAUGACUGUCUUAGUAUGGUACAUCUUUUUGCUGCAUUGCCUGCUGUGGAUAGGGCUGUAGAUGGAGAAAAGAUACCUGUAGAACGUGUCCAUAAUUGCAGGAGGUUGAGUCAUGAGUGGCUGGCUUACAUUUCUCGAACCCAUAAACUGAGGAAGACGUUCAUUUCUGUUAAAGGAAUAUAUUACCAAGCAGAGGUUGAGGGGCAAAUAGUUACUUGGUUAACUCCACAUGCAUUGCAACAAGUACUGCCAGAAGUUGAUUAUAGAGUCUUGCUAACAUUUUUGGAAUUUUAUGAGACUCUUCUUGCAUUUGUCAAUUACAAACUUUAUCGUUCAAUAAAUGUGAGCUAUCCACCCAUUCUCGAUCCCCGGCUUGAAGCUCUGGCUGCAGAUCUUUACGCGUUGUCAAGAUACUUCGAUGCCAAUGGUAAGUCUAAGCAAAUUGAAAACCAGCAGGAGGGAACAAACCUUGAUGAGUCUGAAGUUAGACUUGCCCAGCUUCAUCAACAACUCCCUUCUAAUGAACCUGGUGCUUUGAUGCACCUGCUUGAUGACGGUUCUAAUAAAGAGGAUGAAGAUUUAGAAACACGGGAAUGUAAAAGUCUCUUUAAGAACGUGAAAUUCUUCUUGAGUCGUGAGGUUCCGAGAGAGUCGUUGCUCUUUGUUAUCCCUGCUUUUGGCGGCACAGUUUCUUGGGAAGGCGAAGGAGCACCGUUUGAUGAGUCUGACGACAGCAUCACCCAUCAGGUCGUUGAUAGGCCAAUACAAGGGCGCAGAUUCCUUUCCAGGGAAUAUGUUCAGCCACAGUGGGUGUAUGACUGUGUAAAUGCACGCAUCUUAUUGCCCACUGAUAAAUAUAUGGUGGGAUGUAUUCCUCCACCGCACUUGUCUCCAUUCGUUGAUAAUGAAGCAGAAGGCCAUGUCCCCGAUUAUGCAGAAGCCGUAGAACGAAUUAAGGCUGCAGGAAGAAAAGAAGUCCUACCAUUGCCUGGCACUGGAAUAGAAGAUUUAGAUGACCCUCAGGGUUUACUUGUUAGUGACCGCCAAGAAGCUAUUGAAGCUGCUAAGAGAAAACAACAGAUUUCAAUGCUGGAGAAACAGUACCUUGAUGAGCUUAAACUAGAGCUCAAAGGUGCCCCGUUAUCUGAUGUUCCUAAAGAAAUUGAGGUUAAGGAUGCUGUAGGAGACGCCAUAUCUGAUGUACAGCAAAUUGCGGAUGAUGUAUCUAAUAUGUCGAAGGUUGUAAUGCCCCGCAAGAAGCGAAAGCUUCUAGAAGCUAUGGAGAUGAGCAAGGAGAGGAAACGGUCAAGCGUAAAUCGUCUGAAGGAAAGGAAGAAGAACAUUGACGAAGCCAAGAACCUUGCAUGAAUAUUCUCGUAAUUGAGAUAGUUUUGUACGAUGAAUUUUAAAUUAUAAAAUGUGUUUAUCUUGCGUAGAUUUUUUUUGAUAACUUAAUGUUGUAUCUUAGAUGAACCCUGGAAUUUUGCUUUAGUACUCCAUUUUUGACAAUUUAUUCGUUUGUUCUGAAUUCGGGAUAUCAAAAGGAAAACAAUAUUGUGAGACGAAUGUAGUUCACAUGUAAUCAAACUGACAGUGUAUUCACUACUGUUAUUGUUUA